GGAGAUUAUUUGGUUUCUUCUCCAUGAAAAAAUAAAUUUAAAUAUGUUUUAAAUUUCAAAGGACUUAUUGCAUACCUUUAAUAUUUUUCUUCUUUUCAAAGAAGUACAUUGUUUCCAACAGAAAUUCUAACAAAAUGAUGUUAGGAGUUACCAGUAUCCUUAGAUGCCAAGGACUUAUACAAAACACGGUUAGAUUGUUAAAUCGAAAUUUGCACAAAGAAGCUAUUCCGGUGGAAUGGAAGAAACCUGAAAUUGGGUGGACUAAAUUAAACUUUGAUGGAUCCUGCAAAGGUAAGUUAAGAAAAGCCAGCAUUGGCGGUGUCUUCAGGAACCAUAAGGCUGAAUUUUUGCUUGGUUAUGCUGAAUCCAUUGGAAGAACCACAAGUGUGAUUGCAGAACUGGCUGCAUUACGAAGAGGCCUUGAGUUAGUACUUGAAAAUGGUUGGACCGAUUUAUGGCUUGAAGGGGAUGCCAAGACAUUGGUUGAUAUCAUCGUGGAAAAGAGGCAGGUCAAAUGUGCAGAAGCACAGAGGCAUGUUAAUCACAUAAACUUAAUCAUACCAGAACUUAACAACUGCAUUGUGACUCAUAUAUACAGGGAAGGCAAUAGGGCUGCAGAUAAACUGGCUCAAAUUGGACAUCAGUUGGAGAAGCCUAAACUCUGGAGACACAUUCCUCCAAAUGAAGUUCUGCAAAUUGUUAAUGAAGAUGCGGAGGGUAAAAUCAUUCUUCGUAGAAGAUAAUCAGAUUUUUUCUCUUUGUGCAUGUGCAUUUCUACUAAUUCAUUCUUUGAAUUCAUUUUUUUAUGUAAGAUGCCUAAUGUAGGCAUCUUUCUCUAUUUGUACAUAAUCAAGGACAACUAUACAU